CGAGGCGCCCUCUUGCAACUCUAGCAUGCAUGACCGAUCUCUCUGCUGUAGCACAAUUCUGCGGCGCCCUGACAAGCCCAUGCUUUCCUCUUCAUCCAAGACAUAUGCGUAGGCUCGCUGUCCCUUUUUUUGAGUUGAUUUCCCGUGUGGCCCUCUCCUAGGCUUCCUCAACGAACCGCCUCGCGGGCGCCAGAAUUGCACGACACGAUCCCCGUCGGCGACCGAGUCGCCUUCGCGCCCGCCAUGGCGUCGCAACAGGUUCUCUUCGCGGAGACGAUUGCCGGAAUGAAGAAGGCUUUCAAAAGAAGGGCUUACGACUCUGAUUCGGACUCUGAGAUCGAGGGCUACGGCAAUCGCGGCCACAAGCUACAGAGGCGAGCGAGGUUUUCCAACAAAGGACGACUAGUCCCAGCAGAAGGACCCGAUGGUUACAAUGAGUCCAUCGAAUACGCAGGUGUCCGGCGUUCCAUCAUACAUCGAAAUCCCCCCCUCGUCGACCAAGAUGGCUACGAAGUCGACAGCGCAGACGACGACGAUCGAAUUGAAGAAGCGAUGGCUUCCGCUGCCGAGCUCGACCCGUAUUCGGAUGUGCGAAUCGAGAACAUUCUGGCGCCUCUAACCUCAGCGUCCGACCUUGCCGUUCAUCCAACACUUUCGAAACCCUUUGUCGCGCAAACCUUGACCCACCUAGUCGAGCAAAGCAGCACUCUGAUGCGCAGAGAAAACAAAUCGCUGUGGGAGGUACGCCACUUGUGGACAGCAUUGCUAGGCGAUCGCAUAUGGGCUCCUUGCGAGGUGAUGAUAGGGCCGGACGAUGUCGAAUUAUACAAUAAGGACCACGUGGUGCAGCAAUUACUCGGCUUGUCCAAGGCUCGACCCAACGGUACAGGCCAUGGUACAGACAGCGAUAAAGGCAAAGGGAAGGAGCCUGCGCCUGGAGAUGGACCUGCGGCCCACGAUCCCGCAGCAGCCCACGCAGACACGUCAAUGACUGACGCGGAUGACAACUCCGAGGUCAGACUCGCCGUGAACGACAAACCGCGAGGCGAAAUCGACGGCGAUCCUGCCCAGUCGACGAAUCAGCAUCUUUCCAACGGCAGUGCAGAAGCGCCUCGACAUGCCCACGAAGAAAGAAAUCAAGCGAACCCCGAUGCAGAGCCCAGUGAGGAGCAAGAUGCGCCGGAUAUGUCGUCCUACAUACAUCCCAUCUUCGCCUGCCCGGAAGGGGUACAAUCAGACCGCGAUCUGGGCGUGCCUCAAGAUGAAGCGGACAACCUUCGACGGCUCCUAGCGAUGUUUGUGCAGAAACAGGAGGAGGUGUGUCGCGGUUCACAAAGACUACAUGAUGGCCUCACCCGAGCGCAUCGCCUCCGCAAAGACGUCCUCCACUGGUCCAAGGCAGAGGCUCACUGCGGGUCGAACAGGGACAUGUCAGAUGGCGAGGACUGGUACGACAAGGAGGAAUGGGGCUUGACGGAGGAUCUGAAGAAGGGACAGGAUGACGAGGAAGAGGACACAACAACAACAGCGAAGAAGACAAGGGCGCGCAGGCAAUAGGACGAAUUGCCGAAGCGCCCUUGGUUGAGGAUACCCCUGACGACUAUAAUGACCAAGGCGCGGGGCCGUGUAUACAGGUGACAAGGGUCGAUUCGAACAUAUUGCGGUUAUUACAUGUUGCCAGCGCUCGGAGUUAUGGCGUUCACUUGGGAGGAAGAUUUGGUUCAGGCGCAGUCCCCUCGAAGAACAUUCGAUGACAGGGCAGAUAGGAUAGCGCAUGAAAACUACUCUUGUAUUACAUGUAGACGAAUAAUGGAUGCCCCAUGAAUCGCCUCACGGGCUGCCUGGGACC